AUGGCAAUGACAAACAAUAAAACACUAUGUUUUAUAUGUAAUGAAGAAAAAAUAACAUAUGUUUGUGAAGGAUGUUCAAAAGAAUUUUGUUUAAUGCAUUUAACAGAACAUCGUCAAAUGUUAAAUAAUGAAUUACAUCAUAUCGCCAGUGAAUAUAAUGAAUUUAAACAAACAAUUAAUGAACAAAAACAAAAUCCACAAAAUCAUUCAUUAAUAGAACAAAUUAAUCUAUGGGAAAUAGAUUCAAUUGAGAAAAUUCAACAAAAAGCACAAGAGUGUAGAGAAAAUGUCAUCAAAUCAUGUAUUAAUGAUAUUGAAAUGAAAUUUAAAGACUUAAAUAAACAAAUACAACAACUUCAGAAAGAAAAUGAGUUUAAUGAAAUUAAUUUAGAGUAUUUAAGAAAUCAAUUAACAAAAAUUACAGAAGAAUUAAAUAAUUCGUCAAAUACGUCUAUUCAACAGAGCUCACAACCGCUCAUUAGUGAUAUUUCAAUCAUUUUAUCAAAAAAACCAACAUGGAAUAAAUGGAGACAAAAUGCUAUCACUGUGGCUGGUGGAAAUGGAUAUGGAGAGAAAUUAAAUCAACUCAGUAGCCCUACAGGAAUCUUUGUCGAUGAAAACAAAAAUAUUCUCAUUGCUGAUUAUGAUAAUCAUCGUAUUGUUGAAUGGAAAUAUAAUGCAAAAGAAGGACAAACCAUUGCAGGUGGGAGUGGCAGAGGAAAUCGAAUGAAUCAAUUGACUUCUCCAACAGAUGUGAUUAUUGAUCAACAAAAUCAUUCCAUCAUCAUUGCUGAUUAUGCGAACAGACGAGUGAUUCAAUGGUUGAAUCAAAAGCAACAAAUUCUCAUCGAUGAUAUUGACUGUCGUGGUUUAGCAAUAGAUAAACAUAGAUUUCUUUAUGUUUUUGGUUGGAAGAAGAAUGCAGUGAGACGAUGGAAAAUGGGAGAAUAUAACAAUGAAGGAAUUCUAGUGGCAGGUGGGAAUGGAAAAGGAAAUGAGCUCAAUCAGCUUAAUUCUCCAGGUUUUCUCUUUGUUGAUGAAGAACAAUCUGUUUAUGUAUCAGAUAGAUACAACCAUCGUGUGAUGAAAUGGCGAAAAGAUUCAAAAGAAGGCACUAUUGUGGCUGGAGGAAAUAGUGUAGGAAGGAAUCUUAAUCAAUUGUCUCAUCCUCUAGGAGUAAUUGUUGAUGAUUUGGGUCGAAUCUAUGUGGUAGAUGCAGGGAAUCAUCGAGUAAUGCGUUGGUGUGAAGGAAAAGAAGAAGGCGAAAUUAUUGUUGAUGGAAAUGGUGACGAAAAUCGAUUGAAUGCUCCCGUGGCUUUAUGUUUUGAUGAUGAAGGAAAUCUCUAUGUUGGUGAUUGGGAAAAUCAUAGAAUUGAAAAAUUUGAAAUAAUUUUGUAA